AUGAAGACAUUGGUAGCGGAAACGGGCAGAAAAACGCCCGUGGGUGAAAUCGGUGACGACGAGUGCAGCACCGACAGUGGCUGUAGCAGCGGCGGAAGUACCGGAAGUGGCGAACGUCUGUCGCGACGCGGUAGCGGUGAACGUUUAUGCAGAUCCAGUAGAUCUCCGAGAACGCAUUGCUACUCUGAGAGGCUGCGAGGACGAACGACACGAUCACAGGAACGGCUUAGUACCAGCGUGCAGAGAUCGUCGGAGCGCACUUGGAGCCCUCCCGAAGACGUCGGAAGUCUACCUCGUGGUGGUAUCUCACCCUCAUCGUAUUCCUCCAGUCCUUCGGAUGCUCACAGCAGCAGCGAUAGCGACUCCCUUAAGAGGCCCUCCACAACGGAGACUCUACGACGGGCCUUUCAAAGUCUCAAGAUUACCUCAUCCAAAUGGGAUGGGAACAGCAAGGAGAAGAAGCACGCGAAGAAGAGCCCGAAGAGGAUUUUGCGUAGCCCAGUGCCCUAUAUUUAUGUCCGAGGACCAUCCGGUCUACCCACUCAAAGGAUUCCCCGAAACUCUGGUUUUCAGCAGCAAACUGUACAGCCGUGUUCCUGCCAAGACCUAUAAUCGAUCACUAUCGGUAGUAUAGAUGUCGAUACAUCGCUGGGCGAAUUUUAAAACAUCAGGAAUAUUAUAGGAAUAUCAGGAAUUACGCAGGACCAAGAAAAACUUUUUAGUUUCCUCUAUCAGAGGAAACUAAAAAGUUAAGGAUAAAAUGCCUAAUCAA